AUGUCAUCCCAGUUAUUUGUAAAUCUUUACAUUGUUAUUGGUUGUUUACUAGGAAUAUGUAUGACGGUUUUCUCAAUAUACCUUAUGUAUCUAACUACAAAUCAAUGUAUGGCACAACCAAAAAGAAAAAACGAAGUUAUUUUACAAGAACCUAAAUCCAUUACAAUAACAAUAGAAUAUUUUAAUCCUAAUAAUACUGAAAAUAAUAAUAAUAAUAAUAAUAAUAUUAAUAGUGAAUAUGAAUCCAAGAAUAUAGAAAUGUCUAUAAAAAAUAGUGAUUAA